UAAGCGUAAAAGCAAACCAGUUAUAAAGGAACAGUGAGAUUACUGCCGGAGCAAACUUCCGGUGGCAGGAGGAGAAGAAGAAGAAGAAGAAGAAGAAGGAGAAGGGGAGGAGAAGAAUGGGCGUCGACUACUAUAGAAUUUUACAGGUAGACCGGAAUGGAAAAGACGAUGAUUUGAAGAAAGCUUACCGUAAACUCGCUAUGAAAUGGCAUCCCGAUAAGAACCCUAAGAAUAAGAAAGAAGCUGAAGCUAAGUUCAAGCAAAUCUCCGAAGCCUAUGAUGUUUUAAGCGAUCCACAAAAGCGGGCUGUUUAUGAUCAGUAUGGAGAGGAGGGUUUGAAGGGGCAGGUGCCGCCGCCGGGUGCUUCCGGGUUUGGACACGAAGGGGGUUCCACGACGUUCCGGUUCAAUCCUCGGAGUGCGGAUGAUAUAUUCUCUGAGAUUUUUGGAUUUUCGAGCCCGUUUGGUGGGAUGGGUGACAUGGGUGGCCCCCGCGCCACCACGUCAGGUUUUCCAAGAGGUAUGUUUGGGGACGAUAUCUUCUCCUCAUUUAGGAGCGCAGCCGGAGAGAGCUCUAAUAUGCUCCGUAAAGGGGCUGCCAUAGAACGGACGUUGCCGUGUAGUUUGGAGGAUCUGUACAAGGGAACUACUAAGAAGAUGAAGAUUUCCAGGGAUGUUACUGAUUCUACUGGGAGACCAACAACUGUGGAAGAAAUUCUUACAAUUGAGAUCAAGCCAGGUUGGAAGAAAGGGACAAAAAUCACUUUUCCUGAGAAGGGAAAUGAACAACGAGGUGUUAUACCUUCCGACUUAGUCUUCAUCAUUGAUGAGAAGCCUCACACUGUCUUCAAAAGGGAUGGAAAUGAUCUUAUAGUUACUCAGAAGGUGUCUCUUGUAGAAGCUCUAACAGGGUACACAGCUCAGGUAACAACCCUUGAUGGAAGGAAUUUGACGAUCCCCAUUAACUCCAUUAUCAGUCCUACCUAUGAAGAAGUUGUUAAAGGUGAAGGGAUGCCGAUUCCCAAGGAGCCUUCCAGAAAAGGGAACCUGAGGAUUAAGUUUAACAUAAAGUUCCCUAGCAAGCUCACCGUGGAGCAGAAAGCAGGGAUCAAGCGAUUAAUAUCAUCAUAAAAGCAUGAUGGUGCUCUCAUUACCAUCUCCCAGAUCUGUGUAAGCUUGCAAUGAUGUUCUUUUCUAGUCUAAUCCAGGAAGAAAAUUUGCGUUUUCAUUAUUAUAACAGUUAUUUAGGAGUUAAUUAUUGUUUGCCAUGCUUCAUUUUUGUCAUUCUUUAGCAGUGUAGUGCUGAGUGUUAAUUUUUGCAAAAUCACCCAUUAAGCUAUAAUGCUCAUUGUGCUGUUGGGAUUUAUUCUUCUGCUUUGAGGUCCUCUUUGCCCCCCCAUAUUUUGUUUUUGGCAACCAGCCUGAGCCAACCCCGCUAAACAGCUUGCCAAUUGAUGACUGAAAAUUUUAUGGAUGUAUGCAGCCUGUGAAGGACCAUAAAGUGUUUGGCUAUAUUCUUUUUUUGUAUUAUAACUCGUUAUGGUUUUGAUAAUAAUUUUACGGCUUUGUUUAUUUGGGAAAA